AUGCGGUCGCCAUCUCCGAGCACUGCCCGGGUUGAGUCCACGAAGUCCUUGCAAAGCCGGCAGAGGGGGCGCGCCGAAGAUGACGCGGGCCAUGGACAGAGGCCGUCACGGGUAUCCUUCGACACGAACUCGUUGGUGUCAGAACGGGUGGACGCAGAGAUCUCCAAGAGGUACGAAAUUGACAUGCGCGAGAUCGGCAUUGGAGGAUAUGGAAAGGUCUUCAUUGCCAAGGACCGCAUGUUCAAAGAUCGUCAGGUGGCCAUCAAGAAGGUGGUCAGAAUUGACGAGGAGAGGGACUCCGCUUUCAAGAAGGAGGUGCUUAUCAUGAAGAAGCUUGAUCAUCCAAACAUUUGCCGGCUCUUCGAGACCUACGAGCAGGGCCGAGUCAUGUACUUUGUCAUCGAGUUUUGCGAAGGGGGCGACCUCUUCGACAGGUUUUCAAACUGCGGCAAGCUUCCCGAGACGAUGGUUGCGCCGAUAAUUAAGCAGGUGGCGAGUGCUCUGAAGUAUGCUCACUCCAAGGGCAUCGCUCACCGGGAUCUGAAGCUUGAGAACAUUUGCUUCUGCGAGAAGUCGCCCACAAGCACCCAUGUCAAGGUGAUUGACUGGGGCCUCGCGGGCAGCUUCGAGCAGGGCCGUAUGAAGUCCUCCGUGGGCACCUCCACCUACUCGGCCCCUGAGGUGCUCGACCCAGAGGAUGACGAUGACGGCUACACCUGUGCGUGCGACCUAUGGAGCCUGGGCGUGGUUGCCUACGUCGCUCUCUCGGGCAAGCCUCCCUUUUGGGGCAGUCCAAAGCAGCAGGUUGCCCGCAUGAGAUCAGAGCAUUAUCCAUUGAGUGGUGAGUUUUGGGACACCGUGUCAGAAGAGGCCAAGGACUUGAUCAAGCAAUUGUUAAAGACGGAUGUGCAGGUUAGACUGACCGCUGACCAGGUUCUGGACCACCCGUGGCUGGAAAUGGGCCAGAUGGAGCCGGACUACAGGUUGUUGGCACAGGUGCUGACAAAUCUGGAGCAGUUUAGCCGCGCGCCGGAUUUCUUCACUUUUUGCGUUGCCUCAGCCUGGCCCUCAGCCUGUCCCGACGAAGCAAGCGGUCAAGAUGCCAUGGCGCGCAGCCUCGCUGUCGCGGCGUUGAUCGCCGUCGCAGGCGGCCUUGCCUUUGUGCCUGGCGCCAUUCCCCGUGGCACCACGGCGCCGCCGAGCCGGGCACUGCAGGCCGCACCCGCGGCUGAGAGCAGCUGGGGCUCGCUGCCGACUCUGGUCGGAGGCAUGGCCCUGGGUGUCUUCUUCUCCCUGGCCACCCUGGCACCCGUGCGGGCAGAAGAGGCACCAGCCACCCCAGCACCCACGCCGGCAGAACAGGCGCCAACCCCAGCUCCAGGACCCAGUGACGAGGAGAUCCUGGCAAAGGGCUGCGACAUCAGGGUGGACUGCACCACCAAGGAGCAGCAGUUUGCCUGGGCCAAGGCCUACUACAGGAAGUACAACCAGGAGACUGACGGCAAGGACCCCAAGUACUCCAAGCCCAGCACUGGUGCAGGCGUAUUCCGCAAGUUCAAGAUCGACUGGCCCAACCCGGACCCCAGCAUCCCUGACACCACUGAUGGCACCUACCCGAUCCGCAAUGAAGACUUCCUGCCCAUCUGGAAGCAGCAGCAGGAGGAUCUCAGGGCGAAGAUGAAGGAGUACAUUGGCCGGGAGUUCACUGAGAUCCGCUGGAUUGAGGACUAUGACAACGCGGGAAGCCCCUACAAGCCCCACAACGGCUACUACUGA